GUAUGAACAAACAGCAAGGGUUAUUCUUGGAUUUUAAUCUUCCGUGAUAGUGCACAGACUCUGUAUAAAAAGUUCGUCUUUACUGAAAUUUCUUCCGUCGUCUUCCAUCUUUUCAAAUCAAUAAAUCAACCAUGCCAGCAUCUAACACCAUGAGAGAAUGCUCUAGAGCUGUUGUUUCCUUCGUAUUCCUGGAUAAAUUCUACAAUAUGAAAACAGAAUUUAGAGAAAAGAUUGACUCCUCUUGGGAAGAGUUAUUCCCCGGAGAAAAGACCCUUCCUGUCUCAGACCUAAAAUCUAUGCUUGAUCAUGUUGGUAUUGCUCUUCCGAACUACAAGGUUAGAAAUAUCCUUGAGGAGUUAGGAAAGGAUGGGAACUCUACCAGGCUCUCUAAGGAAGAUUUUGAACAGGUAAAAUAUUUAAAGUUUAAACGAGUUCCAAGAGUUUAGGAACCGGAGUCAAGG